UACCGGCAGUGAAUGCGUUUACAAAUUAGCGUCAGGUCGUUGCUAGGCAACAAGUGGCUGAGCGUUGUUUUAAGAGCUCUCGCUAACCCUUGUGUAGCCCACUUCAGAGGCAGUCACGACACGAGAAGGACAAAAACCCGCGGUGUAGAUUGCUUACCGACAAGGGGACGGCGUUUGUUCGGGACCAAUCCUACAUCCAGGCGGCGAGUUUUGACGGGGGCCGCGCUCGGUGGUGUGAAUGGUACCCGACACAGGUGGGCGUGAACAUAUGGUGAGGACGCACUGACAGACGCCUCGGCUUGAUGCGACAGGUUCGCCGAGGAAUGUAGCGAGGAAAGUCGGUCAAGACUAUGGCGGACACGGGAACUGAGAACCGAGGGGCAUCCCACGGGCUACCACCGGCGGUCCCCGGCCAGCAACCGCCGAGACACCUGUCACUAAGGUCCGGUAACUAACAGGUGAUAAAGAACAGGUGAACUCACGACUGACACUUUGUGUUUACUGACCGAGAAAAAUGGCCGGCUUGGAAGAUAAUAGCCAGCAGUCAGAUCACAGGGGUGAAGAUUUACAGCCCGGGGCGGAAAAUUACGAGAUAAUCGUGACAAAUUGUGUGCCCGACACAAAGGAGGUCGACGAACAACUUUCGCAGGUAACCAGGGAACGGGCGGUGUCUCGGUUCGGUAGGCUGUCUGCAUACACCCGAGGGAGCACCAGUACCGGCACGGUGAGUCUCCACUCCGCUCGCUCAUGUCCCGCCGCCUUGGAGACACCAGGCCGCGGCAAACUGCUCAACAAGCGGCCCAGCACUAGUGCAGACCACCUCUCAUGGGGUGUCACCACCAAAGAUGAACCUAACACGCGACAAGAGACGGAGAAGACCAUGUUUUCCGCCUUGUCAGAGGAAGCGAAGGCUGCCAUGUUGGAAAUGCGGAAGGAAAUGGAGGAAUGCAGACGACAGCUUGACGACGACGCGACAACACAAACACCUGUAGACAACCCGACAGAAGACGACACGGGAGUCGACUUAGCCGACGACGAGCAAUUUGAACACGACAGCGACAAGAGUACGCCACCAAAUGACAAUGCAGAAGUCGUGGAUUACAUUUCAGACUAUUCUGAGGAUUCGAACUCACUACAAGAGGCGAUUUUCAGAGACGAAGACCACCGUAGACCGGCGAGUCGGCUGUCCUACACCCACUCCGCUCCUAAACAGAAAACUGUCCCCAUGUUGCCGCCUAUACAGACUAAAAGCAAAGUCCAGAGACAAAGAUCGUAUCCAGGCGAGAUUCGACAUCUCAACAAAUCUUAUCCCGGUACCCGAUCCCCACCCAAGGAAAAUAUGGUUUCCGACCAAACAUACGUCCCUGGAGUUGGUCGUUUCCAAGUUUUGAGACCAGUCGUUGCCCGAGAGAGGUCGUUUAAGGUUACUGGUCCGGGGUAUGACUCAAGAUUUCACGACCAAGUCUGGAGGAGCGAGGACGAAAAUGGAGACAUUGUACCCAGAGAAGUCAAGAAAAUGGCGACUCAGAAAUGUAAGGAAUGGCUAAGACGUUGGGUCGUCUCGACUCCACCUGCGGACACGAGAAAGAGGCUAUCAGACACUAUGGACUGACGGGAAAAAAGCUAGACGGAAAAUCCAAAAUGGCGGACAAGAUCAAAGUGACAGAACUUGUAAGAAGUGUUGUAAAAAGAAGAUAAAAGGCGAGACCCGAUACUGUUAUAUUGUUCUGUGAGA